UGAUGGGAAAAUUAUCGAUGCCGGCCUCAGAGCGAGAAAUUCUUUGAAUUGACGAAUGCUUCGAUUUAAAAGUAAAAAAAUAUAAGACAGGCGCCCCUAUCGACGAGCUCUCGUCUGGCAAUGCACUCUCCCCCAUUGGUCCUGCGCCCUGAUGCUGCGUCUCAGUAUCCCCCAAACUCAGCAUACAUCAGACAUAAGCGAACAACAACAGAACCCAUCGGUUCUUACGUUAUCCCCCUGGUCCUGCGCAAGCAUCACUGUGCGUCAUUCCGACGACAACGAAUUACUUUAACUCUGACUUACAUCGAGGAGGGAGAAGGGGAGGAAAAUAAAGAGCAAGCUGUGGGGGUUGAAGCAGUGAGGGCCAGGCCGCCGCCAUAGCCGCUCCCGUGGAUCAUUUCGAUAUAAUAAAUGAUAAUUAAUCAGCUGAAUUGACAGAAUUGAUCAAUUAAUCAGCACAUGUUCCCCAAGAGCGUACUAAUUAUCUCAGAUUAAUGCACAAACAUUGACUCCCGAUGGGGGCAUUUCAUCGUCUUGAGUAUCAUAAUUGUCGUUAUUAAUCAGAAGCGAGGAAAAAAUCAUGAGGAAAAUGGGCCUUCGCUAGUGUGUGUGUGUGCCUGAGGAUAAAAGAAUGAGUGUUCAGUGAAGUUGAAAGUGUUCUUAACAUUCUCAAGGAGAAAAAAAAAUUGUCCAAGAAAUAUUGAUGAUGCUGAGUUCAAUAACAUCCGAUGUCUAUUGCCUUGAGACGCGCCAUCUCGGGAUAUUAAUCGUGUCUCCAACGUUAGUUUCUGUCUUACGAUUGGAGUUAAUGGUGUGAAAAUGGGAUUGAGACGAGUGGUUAAAGGAGUAUGGUACGUUGAUAGGGGAUUCGGACGUGUCGCGUCAGCUUAUUUGCGGGAAUAUUUUUUAUUGAGCACUGCGGCUUUUUCCGUUCCCCAAGUGGUGAGGGCUGACUAUCAUGAGGACAGAAUACAGGACACACCAUGGCGGACGCAAGUGCGUUGAUUAAUCGUCAUUAAAUGCGUGUAUCAAUGUUUUUUAUCAUCAGUGUUGUAUCGCUGUUUCAUUUGUCAUCUCAUCGACGAUUUCCGGUAUUCGCCCUGAGGUUAGGAGGGAUUUUUCGACGUCUGAGGAACACGAUGACCGUGCCACCGUUCCCGCUGAGUACAUGUGACAGAGACAUCCCCGGACAAUUGAGUAAUCAGGAUCAUUGGUUCGAGACGCGGGGAAAAUGAAUCGCUGGUACAUGGAGGACACUUGUUGCUCGAGCGUGACGUAAGUGGCUGUGGUGGACGAAGAAGAGGAAGACGGGGGAAAAAAAAGCCUUGUCAGAGGCAAAUCAGUGGACAAGUAUUUUUACACCUGCCAAAAUGACAGAGGGUUACGUGUCUCAACGCCGGUGACAAACACGCAACGUCCAGUCGUUGGACGUGUCCGCGUCAAGCUCAACGAUAAUAAAUCAACGGCUGAAUGAUUAUUAACAUUAACAUUGGAUGAAGGAACAUUUUUGAUUCGAUGAAAUGAAUGGGUCUUUGUGCCGGGCGCAGUGAGAAAUUGAGGAUUGUCAGUGGAGCGAGUGGUAAUAACGGAGAAAUUAUUGGGAAGAAGAGGCGGCACUGCCCGAAGAGAGUGUGGAAGUACGCGGCUGCGGCGGCGGCGGCAGCGGCUGCGGCUGCGGUGACCUUUGGAAGGCUGGAUUACAUUCGUGGAAUGUCUUCGGGGGCCAAGCGGCUUGUACAGUCGCUCAGGGGCCGCGGUACUGGUCCCAACAGUCGUAAUGAGAGUGGCGGUGGGACUGGAGCCGGUGGACCAAGCACAAGUGCAACGAGAUUGUGUCAUUAUGACAGUGGGCAUGAGCUCGAUGAGAUUUCUGUGGUCGGGGGAACACCGACAACUCCCUGCCAUUGUCCAGGAUUGAAGUAUGGAAGUGGACAGACUUUGUACAGCAUCGCUGCAUCUGUACCAACUGCGCCUGGUUCAACUCUGCUGGCGUCCAGGAAUAGGAGCAAUGCCACAGUGGGGCACCCAGAAAACGGCGGAAGGACCGAAUUCAAGAGUGGGGAUACAAUACUACGCUCGGAAGAGGACUGCAAGAGCGUCGAGAGUGCAGCAUCCAGAUCUCGACAGAGUCUCCUAGAUUUCGUUGGAGAAAGGUUUAACUCGCGCAAUCCUACACCGAACAGAUACUACCAACCGGCUCCAAAUCGUCCGGAUCAGUCGCGAGCUCGUCAGGAGCAGCAGAUUUAUUCUGUCUCCCAGAGAUACUUCGACUCGUCGAGAGACUCGUUACACGCUGCGUAUGUUAACCGCGGUGCCAGCGAACUAGAUCUCAGUAGGAAGCCGAAGCGGAAGGAUCAGUCGAGGGGCAAGUUAAAAUUUCCCAAUGUACCUGGUCUUGGUGCGACUAGGGAGAGCCCACACAUUCGUACAUUGGUAUCGACGAAUCAUCUUAAUAACAACGGCAGCUGCAACGGCACCGAAACGAGGUAUACGGCACAGCAACAACAGCAACAGCGAGGCAGUCGAGGAUAUCCUGGACAAAUGGGCACCAGGGGCUUCCGUACAGGUGCACCCAAUUGGUCGUUCGUCUUCGAUCCAGCGGGGAGACUCUGUUACUACUGGUCAAUGGUCGUUUCUCUCGCUUUUUUGUACAACUUUUGGGUCAUUAUCUACAGGUUCGCCUUUCAGGAAAUCAAUGGUGAAACCCUGGUAGUUUGGUUCUGCCUUGACUACUUCUCGGAUCUUCUCUAUCUAGUCGACAUAGUCUUUCACUUUCGCACCGGUUAUCUUGAAGAUGGUGUAUUGCAGACAGACGCUGUCAAAUUGAGGAAUCACUACAUGAAUAGUACGACGUUCUACAUCGACUGCCUAUGUCUGCUGCCCCUUGAUUUUUUGUACUUAUCAAUAGGAUUUAACAGUAUCCUGCGGAGUUUUAGAUUGGUUAAAAUCUAUCGAUUCUGGGCGUUCAUGGACAGAACCGAGCGACACACAAAUUAUCCAAAUUUAUUUCGCUCCACCUCCCUGGUCCACUAUCUCCUUGUAAUAUUCCACUGGAACGGGUGCCUCUACCACAUUAUUUAUAAGAACAAUGGUUUUGGGAGCAAAAACUGGGUGUUCGACGAUUCGGAAGAGGCGGACGUUGUUAAGCAGUAUCUUCAGAGCUACUACUGGUGUACAUUGGCACUGACAACGAUAGGCGAUUUGCCGAGGCCAAGAAGCAAGGGCGAGUAUUUAUUUGUUAUAGCUCAACUACUCUUUGGUCUACUGCUAUUCGCCACAGUUCUCGGUCAUGUUGCCAAUAUUGUCACUUCGGUUAGUGCAGCACGUAAAGAAUUUCAAGCUAAACUUGAUGGCGUCAAGACGUACAUGCGAAUGCGUCGAGUGCCUAAUCAUCUUCAGGUCAAGGUCAUCAAGUGGUUUGACUAUUUGUGGCUGACGCAAAAGUGCUCGGACGAGGAGAGAGCUGUGAGCUGUCUACCUGACAAACUCAAGGCAGAGAUCGCGAUUAAUGUGCACUUGGAUACGUUGAGGAGAGUGGAGAUAUUUCAGAAUACGGAGGCUGGUUUUCUAUGUGAAUUGGUACUCAGGUUGAGGCCUGUCUUGUUCUCACCGGGGGACUACAUCUGUCGAAAGGGUGAGGUGGGAAAGGAGAUGUACAUCGUGAACAGGGGCCGUCUGCAAGUGGUCGCAGACAACGGAAAAACAGUGCUAGCAACACUAAAGGCUGGCUCGUACUUCGGGGAAAUCAGCAUUCUCAAUAUGGGGACUGCAGGUAAAGAGUGCGGUAAUCGACGUACAGCAAGUGUACGAUCCGUCGGUUACUCUGAUCUCUUCGUGUUAAAAAAGAAGGACAUGUGGGAUGUGCUCAAGGAAUAUCCUGCAGCCAGAGUGAGGCUCGAGUCGAUAGCUGUUAAGAGACUGGAAAAGUACAAAAGAGCACCACUUGAGAAAGCUGCGAUGGGCCGAAGCCAGAGCACUCCGGGAUUGAUAGAGUCUCGGGGUCGAGUGCCCCUGGACGAGAUGUGGAUAUCACCGUUGGAAUUACGAACCGCACGUUCACUCUUCUCCCCCAGUCCGAGCCCAAUAACAGGUUCCUCGAUUCACGGAUUGAGGUCCGCUGAUACCGAGGGUGCACCUGUUAUUGGUGCUCCAACAGCACCCAGUAGAAGUGCCGAUAGUCCGAUGAGUGCCACCAGCAGUGGGAGGAGUAGUGAGGAUCAUACGACACGAGCUCCCCGAUCCACUGCGACUCAAUUAUCCAUUGGAAAACAGUCUACCCAUUCAGGAAUGACCUGCAACAGUAUGACUCAACUAGUGUCCGAGGGUGCAGUAACCCCGGUUCUAGCUGUGAGCAGUCACGAAGCCCUUCUCGCCGAGAUAAAGCGUCUCCGAGAGCGGUUAAUCUGUCUGGAAACCGAGAAUGCAUCCAUGACCGUAAAACUUAACCAGCAACAGUGGGAAGUUGAGCACAGAUUAGCUGCCAUUGAGAUGGAGAUAUGUGGUGCAAGUUCUACGUCAAGUAUAGAAGACAAUGAACGCAAUCGUGAGUCCAUCAUUUAA